AUGCCGCCAAGACCGCCCUAUGGAGUGGUACGCUACAUCUCGCUUCGUACCGGCUCGGCAGUGACGCAAGCCCGCGCCAACCUUCAACCACAACUCAUUUUGGACGCUGCCUCGGUAGCCGUCGAGGCUAGUGACGCUGGAAACCCCGCUGUUGGCGCUGUGGUUGAAACGUGGGAUCUCGGUCUUCAAUACCUGCACGACGCCGAUAGGAAGGUUGCUCUUGUUGAGCAUGUCCUCACGCUGGGCGGUCAUCCCAGCGGCGCGCCCCUGAGCACGUCCUUCGUCGGAGGCGUCAGCGUGAUUCUCGUAGCUCUGGUCAUGGUGUCGGAGUGCUUCAAUAGCUCAUGCGUCGCUCAUCUCAUCGUUCCUACCAAGGGCGAGAGACAAGAGAGAUAUGCAGAAUGUGCCGAGAGCCAUGACAGCAAGGCCGAUCGCAGACAUGGCGAUGUCCUGGCCACGGCUCAACCGCUCCCUGACUUUGUCGAGUUUCGUCUUCCCGGCCGAGUUCAGCCAGUCAAGUGA